AUGUACUUCAAUUCUAUCGCUCUGACCACCGCCCUGCUGGCUGGAUCCAGCAUGGCCGAAAUCCUAUGGGAUGGUCGUUUCACCGACACAUCUGCCGCCGAGAUCAACAAGUGGUCCUGGGAGAACCAAGUCGGCGCCUAUCAGUACUACAUCCACGGAUCUGGCGCGACCACCGACUAUGUCAACAUCAGCCCUGACUAUGUCAAUCCAGCCGAUGCCUCCUCCUCGGAUGGUGUCCGUAUCACUGUCGAUGGCACUUCCUCUUGGAACGGCCAGACUAUGAUGCGAACUGAGCUCAUCCCCUCCACCAAGGCUGCCAUCAAUAAGGGCAAGAAGUUCUACCACUUCAGCCUUAAGCGUGCUGCCGAGAACGCCCCUGAUGCCAAGGCUGAACACCAAGUCGCCUUUUUCGAGUCCCACUUUACCGAGCUCAAGUAUGGUAUCGACGGUAGCGAUGGAAAGUUGCAGUGGAUGACCGACGGUAAAGCCCAAUUCGAUAUGGACUUCGAUGCUGAUGUCUGGCACAACGUCGCCUAUGGUAUUGAUUUCGAUGCCAACACUGUCGAAUUCUACCACUCUACUGGCGCUGAUGAGUUGGUGUCCAAGGCUGGUCCUUUGAGUGCUUCUGUCAGCUCUGAUGGUGCUGACUGGCAUGUUGGUGUGCUCAAGUUUUCCCAGACCAAGGAAGACUGGUUCUUCAGCAGCGUUUACAUUGAGGAUGGCGAGCUGACGACCGCUAUCUCUGGUCCAUCAGAUGAUUUGACGCCAAAGGUGUCGUCAUCUGCUGCUCCGGUCUCUUCAUCCACUAUCGCUACAGUCAGCUCUUCCCAGGCUGCUGUCGUUACAACUUCGUCUUCUGUCGCUGCAGCAGAGCCUACUUCGGUCGUUGCCCCUCUCUCAAGCCCAUCCAGCGCUGUACCCACCACUCUGCAGACUAUGACCCUUCCCACCAGUCCCAACUCUAGCGUCUCUGCUAUCGUCGCUACUACUUCUGCUAGCGCAGCUGCGCCCUCCUCUACCGACGACGCUGGCUGCGCUGUCGAGUAUGUUUACGCUUAG